CCACUAAACCCUAACACUCGCGCCCCCUCUCUUUAGCCUUAUAUUAAGACCAAGUUCAACCUGACAGCCCCCAAACUCGUCCUUUCCCAAAUAUUGCAUCUUUUUGCUGUCUUUGCUCUUAAACGGCAAAUUACCAAUAGCACCAAGAAUCACAUAGUGUUUAACUAAGCUUUAAUGAUGGCUUCUUAUUCUUCUGUAUUACAGGGCAAAGAAGAUAAAAGUUUCCCUCCUCCUCACAAGUUGUUCCCAAGUUUUUCCAUGGAAGAACAAAACAAGAAAGUUCAAGAUUUUAACUUUGAAGAACAGAGUACUAAUGGGCUGAAGAAAGUAAAAGCUAAUUGGGGAAAUGAUUCUAUUUUUGGUUUAUAUGAACACUCGUCUUCGUCUGGUUUAAGCAGCCCUUUUGGUUCUGAACUUGGCUCAACAGAAACUGAUGAAACUGAAAUUGAGGAAGAUGAAGAUUUCAUUGCCCAGUUGACUCGACAAAUGGCUGAUUAUAUGCUUAAAGAUGAUGAUGAAGAAGAAGAAGUUUCUGUUGAUGAAAACGAUGUUGAUGAAAACAGAGUCCCAAAUUAUACUGUCCAGACAUCAAACCAAUAUGGGUUGGCUGGGAAUUGGUCGAAUUACAAUUCCAGGGAGAUAUGUUACUAUAACCAAGAAUCUUUAGGCACAUAUGUUAAGCCUGUGGCAGACUCUGUGAAUCAAGGAAACAGUUCUAAUACUGUAUUUUACUCUAGUGAUGAUUUGAAGAGACCAAUUCAUGUAUACCACUUGAAAGACCAACCAACUACAGCAAAACAGAAGCCCUCUAAAGGUAAGCGAGUCAAGGGGACAACUACUGAGUCGGUUCAGAAACUCAAGAUUGAAAAAAACAACAUGCAGAGUACUUUAACCAAAAAACAAACACUUGGUGGAGAUAAGAUUCAUCAUCCUAUACAGAGUAAUGGAGCAGGCAUGAGGGCAAUAUUUCUCGGAGCAUCCGGUUCGAAAAACGGGUCAUCUGGAGGAACUGGGGUCUUCUUGCCUCGCAGAAUUAAUCCAAAUCCUAAUCCUACUGCAACAGCACCAAAAAAGAAAUCUGGAAAUUCAACGGUUCUAAUACCAGCUAGAGUGCUACAAGCGCUGCAACAACACUUCAACCACAUGGAUGCUUUGUCUCAAUCAAACACAUGUGCUGUCUCUCCUUCUCACCUUCCCAAAAAUGAUGCAGAGAAUGAAACAGAGGGUUUCGUUUCUAAAGAAAAUCAACAUUCAGAAGACCAAACAAGUGUGGUAAACGACCAAGAGAUGCAGCUACCUCAAGAAUGGACGUAUUGACAUGGUUGUGAUUAUAUUAUUAUUGACGGGGUAUCAAUUAUCAUAUUUAUUGGGAAGCAACUAAUAAGGACAAGGGUGAACGAGAAGAAUAUUCUAGUGCAAAUAAUAUAGGAAUCUUGGUGUAGAUAUUAAGUGGUUUGAAAUAGUAAUAAGUAGUGAUGUUGAAAGUGACGUGGCUUUCAAUUUCACCAAGCAAGUCAAGAUGGAUGACGAAUAACACGUUUUAGGUUGUAGUACUUGUAUCAUACAAGAUGUGGCUUGUUCCUUAGGAUGCUAUUGUAUUGAUGGGAGGGGUAGAUGUCUUAUUUGUUAUGCGUUGUAGUAAUAAAAAUUGAUUGGAGGUGUGAUCAGUGAUGUAUCCAAUUCAAGAAUGUGAAAAAGCCAAGUGCAAAUAAAAAUUAUUCCUUUUA